UCUUUGGCUGCGUCUGGUUCGUGUUCGUUUUUGUGCAAAGAUACGGAAACACAGACAUUUGGUGUAUAUUUUUUUUUAUAUAAAAGUGCAUUUUUCCACAAUUGGAAAUUACCUUUGUUUAGAGCUAAUCAGAAAACAAAUAAUUGCAAAAUUUAAUCUGUUAAUAAAGAGAAACAACGUACAAAAGUAAAUAAUUAAUGGCUUCCUGCGUUAAAAGCAAAAUAACAAAUUUACAACAUUGAAAAAAAAAUAUUUGGAAAAAAACAUCUCCUAUAAAAAAGGCAAAACAAGUGAAAUUUCUUUUUAUUGAUUUUUUACAAACAUUUCUUUAGAUGUGUGAAAAUUCGAUUUCUCUCCCUCUCGAGUGAAAAAACAAGGAAAGAAAGAAGAAAACACAUACAAACAAGAAAAUAGCAGAAAGUAAAAAACAAAAGAAAAGUAGCAAUAACAAAAGAAAAAAACUGACGUUCACAAUCGAAAAAAAAUUGCAACACAUAAAAAACGAAAAUAAUAAAUAUGUGUUUUAAUUAAGAGUGAUGAAAAUAUAAAUUAAAUGAAAGUGAUAGUUUUCAUGCAAUAAUAAAUAUUGAUUUGUUUCGCAUAGAAGAAACAAAAGACCUAAGAAAAAAUGAAGUGCUUAAAAUAGCAAAAAAUACAACUGAAAAUAACUAUUAAUUGAAAAUUAAAAUAUCCAUAUUUAUUUUAUUUAUUUAAUUUAUCAUCCUCAUACGUCACUGGCUUUUGUUGUCUGUUUUCUUCGUUUGUUCUGCAUUGAACUCUCUGAUUUUCAGCAUUGUUCUCAUUGCGCGCCGUUAUAUUAAAAAUUUACAGUUGUCCUCUCCUCGUCGUCAAUGCAUUUGAUUUUAUUAAACGGUUUAUUUUAAAUUUAAUUUUGCGUGUAUUUUCUUCAAAUACGUCGCAAAUUUUCGGAAGAAAAAACUCUCCAGCUAAAUAUCUCUCGGCCAGCUCCAAUAUCAAACCAAUUAACUUUUGACACCACCCAAAAACGAUUUUUUACUCUCAUUUGGGGUUGUUAAGGAGGCAAUAAAUAGAAAAUAUAACAAAGAACUUUAACAGAAAUGUAUAUUGGGGUGGGUUUUAAAUAAUCCGCCGUUACCAAACAUCCUGUUUCGCCUUAAUCGCCUGAGAGGACAAAAGAGAAAGUAAAUACACAUACAUAAAGAGUUUUGUUGUGACAUUUAAAGUGCAACGGAAUUAAAAAAAAUCAUUAUCAACAUCUGGGUAACGGUAAUUCUCCGUAAUAACCUUACGAACUGUUGCUGUCUACUACAAAUUUCUUGUUCUUCAUCAUUGCUCCAACAGUUUAUCAUCAUCGUAGUACCAGCAGAUAUUGACCAGCUGUUUGGAAAAUGAACUAACAACAACUACAAACAAAAAACACCCUUAAAGGAAGAAAAAGUGAAAAAAGCAAAAAUAUAAAAUAGUUGGCCUUCUCAAGGGCACUACUCACUACCAAUAUACUAGAAACAAACUACAUAAAUACAUAGUAGUAAAAUAACUAUAGAACUAUUCCAUCAUUCCAUACAGAAUAUCCUCUCAGCCCCAAACAAAUACUACUGCAACCAGUCAGGGUUUUAUAUUAUAAUUAAUAUUACGCUAUUAGGAUGACAAUGGCGACGGAACAAGUUUCAAGGCCGUUACAGAAAACUCGUCGCAACUUCUACACAAUGUCCGCCUCAUCCUACUAUGCAUCAUCAGCACACACCUCAUCAUCAUCGCCUUCAGCAACAAAGUCGCUGUUACAUCUAUUAUGCUUUACUGUGAUAUUUUCUAAUUUUAUUGCUCCCAGUAUUCAGGACUGCGUCUGGUAUGGAGUCUGUAAUACAGAUGAUUUUCAACGUAACCAGUAUUGUGCAUACAAUGGUACGGCGAAACCCAUUUCACCAGAGGGUAGAAAACUUUUACAAGAACGUUGUGGCUAUCUUUUAGAGAACGAUGCCACGGAUUUUUGCUGUGAUAGCCAACAGGUGGAUAUUCUGAAUAAGAAUAUUAAAUUAGCUGGUAAUUUCCUAGAUCGUUGUCCCUCAUGUAUGGCUAAUUUAGUACGACAUUUAUGCGAAUUUACAUGUUCGCCCAAGCAAUCGGAAUUUAUGCACGUUGUUUCAACUGAAAACAGCAAAGAUGGAAAAUUAUACAUCAACAAUAUUGAUUUACAUAUAACAGCCAACUACACAAAUAGUACCUACAAAUCAUGCUCUCAGGUAUCGGUACCUUCAACUGGUCAACUUGCUAUGGAUAUAGUAUGUGGUGAACAUGGCGCCUCACGCUGUAGUGCCACCAAAUGGUUUAACUAUAUGGGUGAUUCCAAUAACGUUUAUGUACCUUUUCAAAUUACUUAUGUGCAGCAUGAGAAUAACUCGUCCUUUAUAGACGGUUACCGUCCAUUGGAUCCUCCAACAGUUCCUUGCAGUAGUCCAUUAAAUGAUAAUACACCAGCUUGUUCCUGUACAGAUUGCGAAGCAUCAUGUCCCAUACCACCUCCUGAACCGCCAGCACCACAACCUUUUACUAUAGCUGGUUUUGAUGCUUUUACUGUUAUUAUGAUUGCCGUCUUCAUUGUUGGUAGUUUAUUGUUCCUCAUGGGCGUAUGUUUAUUCCCUUCCAAAAACAUGGACGUUUUGUUAGGUGAUGGUUUGGUGGAUAAUCGUUAUAGUUCGUCCAUUGGCAGACGUUUCACUGGUGAUCACAGUGUCAGCAAUGAGUUGGCACCCGAGGAGGAUUCACCCCUGCAAUCAAAAAUAUCCAGUGAUGGCAAUGAAGUUGAUGGCGUUAACAAUGAUGGUAUUGAUAUUGUCAUCGACACAGAGUCUGGUUACUUUGAACACUUGGGUGCUAAGACAGAAAAAUGCCUGGAAACUAUGUUUACGGCUUGGGGUAAAUUUUUCGCCACUUAUCCUUGGCUAACGUUAGUCGGUGGUUUGGUAUUUGUUGCUGCUCUUGGUUUUGGCAUUAAAUUCCUGCACAUCACUACGGAUCCUGUACAAUUGUGGGCUUCGCCUCAGUCUCGUUCACGUGUUGAACGUGAAUACUUUGACUCUACCUUCCAGCCAUUCUAUCGCAUCGAACAAAUUAUAAUUAAGGCUGUUGAUUUAGAUAAUAUUGUGCACAACACCUCAAAUGGUCCAAUAGUAUUUGGUCCAGUAUUUGAUAAACAAUUUCUGAUUGAUGUACAUAAUUUGCAAGAGGAUAUAAGGAAUUUGGGCAGCGAUAUAGAGGGUGCCACAAUGCUUAAGGAUAUUUGUUAUGCACCUUUGGUGUCGGGUGGUCAGGAUAAAGUGAAACCUGAGGAUUGUGUGGUCCAGUCAAUAUGGGGUUACUUCAGAGAUGAUUUGGAACGUUUGGAUGAUGAGGAUGAUGAUAAUGGUUUUGAGGUCAACUACUUGGACGAGUUGUAUCAGUGUAUUCAAAAUCCCUUUUUAUGUUUGGCUCCUUAUGGCGGACCUGUUGAUCCUGCCAUUGGUCUUGGUGGUUUUCUGAAUCCGGGUGAACAAUUAGGCUCAAAUACCAAAUAUGAACGUGCUACUGCUUUAAUUUUGACAUUCUUGGUACGCAAUCAUCACGACAAGGAAAAGUUGGGCCCAGCUUUGGAGUGGGAACAACGUUAUGUUGAUUAUAUGGUCAACUAUACAAAAUACAACAUGAGCAAACACAUGGAUAUAGCUUUCACCUCGGAGCGCUCAAUUGAGGAUGAAUUGAAUCGUGAAUCUCAAUCGGAUGUUUUAACCAUUCUGGUAUCAUACCUGAUAAUGUUUGCCUACAUUGCCAUCUCACUGGGUCAUGUACAAGAGGUGGGACGUGCUUUCAUCGAUAGUAAGAUAACGUUGGGAGUGGGAGGUGUGAUUAUUGUUUUGGCAUCUGUGGUGUCAUCAGUUGGUGUCUUCGGUUACAUAGGCGUUCCGGCUACCUUGAUUAUUGUAGAGGUUAUACCAUUUUUGGUGCUGGCCGUUGGUGUGGACAACAUAUUUAUUUUGGUGCAAACGUACCAGCGAGACAACCGUAGAUCCGACGAAACCCAUGAAGAACAUAUCGGUAGAAUAUUGGGUCGUGUAGGACCCUCCAUGCUGCUGACUUCAAUUAGUGAGAGCUGUUGUUUCUUUUUGGGUGGCCUUUCCGAUAUGCCAGCCGUUAAAGCUUUUGCUUUGUAUGCCGGUAUGGCUUUACUCUUCGAUUUCCUGCUGCAAAUCACCUGUUUCGUUAGUUUGCUGACUUUGGACACUAAACGUCAAGCCGAAAAUCGCUUAGAUGUCUGUUGCUUUAUACGCGGCAAGAAAACAGAUGCUGCUCCCAUUACCGAAGGUCUGCUAUACAAAUUCUUCAAGAGUGUAUAUGUACCCUUCCUGAUGAAGAAAACUGUACGUGUUGUGGUUAUGAUUGUGUUCUUUGGUUGGUUGUGCUCUAGUAUUGCUAUAGCACCGCGCAUUGAAAUUGGUUUGAACCAGGAACUCUCCAUGCCGGAAGACAGUUUUGUUUUGCAUUAUUUCCAAUCGUUAAAUAAGUACCUGAGCAUUGGGCCACCAGUUUAUUUUGUUUUGAAAUCGGGCUUGAACUUUUCCACAACAUUCGAUCAAAAUCUAGUAUGUUCUGGUCAGUUUUGUAAUGACGACAGUAUGGGCAUACAAAUUUAUUUGGCCAGCAAACGAUCCAACGUUACGUAUAUCGCACGACCGGCUUCUAAUUGGAUUGAUGACUACUUCAGCUGGAGUCAGGCCUCAAGUUGUUGUAAAUAUGAACCAAAAACUGGUGGUUUCUGUCCGCAUCAAGAUACUUCUUGUGAUUCUUGUGUCAUCAAUCGCAACAAUUUGAGACGUCCUGACGAUAUAGAUUUCGGCAAAUAUUUGCCCUUCUUUCUGCAAGAUAAUCCCGAUGACUCGUGUGCUAAAGCUGGUCAUGCUGCCUACGGUGAUGGUGUGCGCUACAGAAAUUUACCAAACUCAAAUGAAACCUCAGUAGAAUCCACCUACUUUAUGGCUUAUCACUCGAUAUUGAAAUCAUCUGAAGACUACUAUUUCGCUUUGCGCUCUGCACGUAAAAUAGCGGCAAAUAUAACACACAUGAUACAAGGUCGUCUAAUGUCGCACGGUGUACCGUUCGAGGAUGCCGUUCAAGUUGAAGUGUUUCCAUAUUCCGUAUUCUAUGUAUUCUACGAACAAUAUCUGACCAUGUGGCCAGAUACACUGCAAAGUAUGGGCAUCUCGGUGUUGGCAAUUUUCAUAGUUACAUUCCUAUUGAUGGGUUUUGAUAUACACUCAUCUUUGGUUGUGGUUAUUACGAUUACCAUGAUUGUUAUAAAUCUCGGAGGCAACAUGUACUAUUGGAAUAUUUCGCUGAACGCCGUAUCUUUGGUUAAUCUUGUUAUGGCCGUUGGCAUUUCGGUGGAAUUCUGUUCACAUUUGGUUCAUAGUUUUUCGAUAUCGACUGAGGGUACUCGGGAGAGACGUGCAGCGGAUUGUCUUACCAAAAUGGGCAGUUCGAUAUUUUCAGGCAUAACACUGACGAAAUUUGGCGGCAUCUUAGUAUUGGCUUUUGCCAAAAGUCAAAUCUUCCAGGUUUUCUACUUUAGAAUGUAUUUGGGUAUUGUUUUGAUUGGUGCUGCACAUGGCUUAAUAUUUUUGCCGGUUCUACUAAGUUAUAUUGGCGUGAUGCAAGGUCCCCGUGGAAGAUCAACCAGCAGUAACAUUAGAACCAAAACAACACCCACCAAUACUAACCAUUCAACAUCCACAGCAGCAACAAGCUUUCAUCCAGACGAAGCAAUCAUCGAAACUACUAACAGCUUUUCUCCAAUGUAUACAUCAGCCUCCCAAUCGUCCUUCGGAAGUAUAAACUCAGCAACAAAUCUACAACCCACAAGUGGUUAUAGACGUAUACCAGAACAUUAAGUUUUAAGAAUUAUUAUUAUUAUUAUUAUUGUUUCUCUUUUUCAUUAUUAUUAAUAAUAAUAUUAUACAUAUAAAUAUAUAUAAAUAGAAACUUAGAGAAUAACACAAAUAUGGCUGAGCCAUCUUAAAUCAUCACGGGAAGUAACAAAUGAAAUCAAGAAAAUGAAUAUAAGUUUUUUUUUCUAUUUAUUCGUUGGAGUAAAAUUGUUACACGAGUAGUUUCAGAACAGUCUAAUACAAUGAAAGCAGCAUAUCUUAUUAAAUUAAAGAUUAUUUUGUCUUAUGGAAAUAAAACGUAACUGUUGAUUAUAACGAAAAAAAGACAAUAUAAUCGAACAUUAUCUACUCUCAUUUCAAAUUAUUAAUUUUUUAUAUUUUCUUUUUUUUUCACUUAAAUAUUAUUACUACUACUGUAUGCCUUUAUUAUUUUGUUUUAUUUGGUAGCACUGAUUUUGGAGGUUUUUAAGUUUUUGAAUUGGAAAUUUCUUUAAUUUCGAACUGAUUGUGUAUUUAAUAAUUUUCUUUUUCUCAUACUAUUUAUUUGUAUAUUUUGUAAUUAAAAUGGUAAAAAGCCUUAUUGUUUGUUAUAGUAUAUUCUUGUAUUAUUAUUUCCUAUUUCGAAAUAUUUUUCCAUUAUAUACAUAUAUUUUUUUUAUUAAAAACUAAAUCAAAAA